CCUAGUAGAAGAGGCCACGCGUGUACUAGUGGGCCCAGACUCCAUGGCCCACCUGCAGUGACCGUGGUCAAUCCUGGGACUGGGUGGGGAUGGGAUCCGGAAUGGAUUCAUCAGAUCAGAGCCUUCCUUCUCGUCAUCUUCUCUCGCAAAGAUUCAUCCGGAGGAGGAGAUACUCCUCGCCUGGGGAGUGGGGAUGAUAGACCUAUCCACGCCACAGCGGCGGCGGUGGCGGCCGCGGGCGGGUCGAGCACUUCACAAGCUGAAAGAAAGGUUGCAACCAAGAGAAAGGAGUUUCCUCUCCAACGAGAUGAUUCUUCCCCAUGUGACAAAACAACGAAACUAGAUAUUCCUUCCCUUCCAGAGGAUCUCCUGCUGAUGAUACUUUCCCAUGUGCCAAUGCGAGACGCUGCCCGUGCUGCAUGCGUAUCUCAUGCAUUUCUACAUUCCUGGAGAUGCUAUCCAAACCUCAUCUUCAAUGCAGAAAACCUAGCGCUAAACCGAAAAGGUGUUAAUGACAAUGAGACACCUGUGGAUUUCAUCGCCAUAGUGGACAACAUUAUGCGAAACCACUCGGGCGUUGGUGUGAAGAUAUUCAAGCUUGAACUUGGUCCUGGCUAUGCAGUGCAUCCCUCGCAUCUUGAUCGCUGGCUUAAGGCUGCUAGCACACUCAAAAUCAAGGAAUUCGCCUUUGAGCUUCCCCUACGCAACAAGACAGAAUACACCUUCCCAUAUUCACAUUUGCUUUCUGAUAACCGUAGAGGAAAUUCAGUUCAAUCUUUCCACCUAUCUUCCUGCACGCUCCAUCCAACACUUCAGUUUGAGUGCUUGAGAAGCUUGAAGAGUGUGCAUUUGAGUUGGGUGGACAUUACUGGGGAGGAAUUGGCAUGCUUCAUCUCCAAUUCUUUCAAUUUGGAGAGUUUGGAAAUCUCUUCCUGUUGCAAGAUUGGUUUCCUCAAGACAACAAGUGUGCUGCAAAAGCUCAACUGUCUGCGUGUGCAGCAUAGCCAUAGGUUAGAUAUGAUAGAGAUAAAUGCUCCAAUGCUCUCUAGUUUUCAUUAUCGAGGGCCACUGACAGUAAUAUCACUCGGAGAUGCAGUACAAUUAAGGGAUGUAAAUCUAUUGCUCUACCCUUGGCACCGCAUGUUCCAUUAUGCCCGUACCAAGCUUCCAACCAUUGCCCGUAAUGUUGAAAAUCUGUUUCUAAUGACUCGUGAUGAGGAUGUCAACACACCCAUGGUGCCUAAUAAAUUUCUCUACCUCAGGUACUUGGAGAUGGUGUUUAUUGGACCGAGAAAGGAAUCACCCCCCUGCUAUGAUUUUUUUUCUCUUGUUUUUUUUCUUGACGCUUCCCCAGCCUUGGAAACUUUUGUCUUACAUUUGGACUCUGUCGGGACUAAGAAUGAUCGCAUUCUUGAAGAUUCCUCGGAAUUGAGGAAGCUUCCUAAAUGCAACUACAGUAACCUGAAGAAUGUAAAGAUCACUGGACUGAUGUCAUCAAAGACCCUAGUUGAGUUGAUAAGUCACAUUCUUGACAACACGCCUUCACUCGAGUUCCUUACGCUGGACACUAGAAUAUAUGGUUUCAAAUACGAAAUUAGGAGAUUCAUAUCCUGGGACUGUGGCAUUAUGAUGACUACGGACGAUCGGAUGGAAUCUGAGUUAGACAGAGAGUUGCUCAUGUCUGAUUCAGAUCUAAUAGAAGCAUAUAGGGCUCCACAAGUUAUUAGAAGAUAUAUCGAAGGGAAAGUCCCUUCAACUGUUAAUUUCGAGGUUAUUGAGCCUUGCAGGAAACGAGUUAUUGUGGAAACAUCAAGAGGCCCUAGGCUAUAGUAUGCAUAAUGUCACUUGUUAUCAUAUACUCAACUUCAAACUGUUCAACUGUGGUGUAUGCUAUUUUCUCUCUUGUGAUGGCAUGUACUUAACUUAUGUCCUAGCUUUUGUUUAGGAGCUUACAUAUAUUAGGCAGAGUAAAAUUCUAUAUCUAUCAUUUCCAUCAAUGUGUAAAGCUGAUUUCUUUGUUGUAUUGGUAAAAAGUUAUGAAUUUUGAAUGAAUAAACUUUUAAUUGAACUUGCAA